GGGUCACGUGACGUCAGAUUUUGGCUCUGCUUUCUUGCAUAGCGGAUAUGCUUCUAGCCGAACUCUGUUGCCGAAAAUUCACAUUUCUGUUCGCUUAAAUCACCCAAAUCUUCAUUUUCCUUACAUUUCGGACACUAAGAGUUACCUAAGAUGGCACGAGCUAUGUGAAGACCUUCAAAACCCUGAGAAAAUCGCGGAGAAAGGAAAGUUUUAAAAACCUUUGACCUGGUGCUGCUGACCAAUGAGGAGGCAGAAUGAAGACACACCUCCAGCUACAUUGCUGCCAAUUGGUCUGCUGUCGUGCUGAUUGUUAAAGGCACCAAGCGCAAGAUGGCAGGGCCAGCGUUUGACCAGCUGCUGAGGCAUGUGGAGGCCCUGCAGACAGAGAACAUGCACCUGAAACAGGAACUACAGGAUAACUCUAGCCACCUGACCCAGCUGGAGAGUGAAGCCUGCACCAUGAAGGAGGUUCUGACUCACAUACAGAAGGGGCUGGAUGAAGAGGAGAACCAACAGCCAGCUAACCCUACCACUGAAAAUGGCCUGGAUCCUGCAGCAGCACAGUUGGGGAAUGGUAUCCGCCUGCGGAACAAACCACUGCGGGCGUGGGGGAGCCACGAGGGAUCGCCGCAGCAGAGUAACCACAGCGCGUCCAAUCACAGUGCCAAGUCCUCCCACACCUCGGCGGAAAGCACAUCUGCAAAACGGAAGCUGAUCGUCCAGCCAUCGCAGGAGUACCUUGAUGAGUUAGAGAAAGAGAGAGCUCGGUUGCUACAGGAGAUAGAGGUAGAAGAGAGGGAGAAGGAGCUGUACUACACCAAACUACAGAGUCUCACCAGCAGGAUAGACGUACUACCCAUCACAGAACCGUACUCCCUUCAGAACGACAUGGCGCGGCGGCAGCUGGAGUACGAAGCUAAGAAGAUCCGUGAGGAGAUGGAGGAGCGACUGGGUGGUGUGGAGGAGAUGCAGGCCCGCGGGGAGGCCAAGGUGCAGCGGGUACGCAUGAUCGAGGCUGAGAUGCUGCGGAUACAGCAAACACUCGCACAGGAGGACAGUACUAAGGCACAAGUGGAGAGAAGAGAUACUGGGUUAUGUGAGGUGAACGGGCACAGAGAGGCAGAUGGGAAGGAUGUGAAGACUGCUGAUGCGGCCACCAACACUUCCCUGUCACAGGUGGUAGUGCCGAAGGCCCACACCAGAGACAGUGGUUUCUGUAGUGAUCCAGAGAACAUCUGGGUCGUACCAUCCAAAACCAAGGGGGACGGCACACAGAUGGUCACCAGGGCGACCCAAACGGCUGAGGUCUACAUCCACGACGGGCCGCCGCCUUCCCAGCAUUCCCUAGAAAGGCUAUCCCAGAGUGUCUUGCAGCAGUCUUCCCAGUAUGCAAUGCAGCUUCCGCUCCAGCAGGUGUUGCAGUCCCCACACAGUCCACUGAUGGGGAAUCCAAAUUCUCCACACUCACUGCCAGCCAAUCGGGUGGAGAUGUACUCAGCUCUGUACAGAGGAGGAUGGCCAUUGGACAAGUUGACAAAGCCGGGUACCCCCAGUGAAACAGCCAGUGUUAUGAGCUUCAACAGUAAUUCUUCCUUUGGACCCAGAAGACUGGCUCCUCAACAACUCGGCACCAAGGUUGAGAUGGUGUACAGCCUGCUGUCCAUGCUGGGCACACACGACAAGGACGACAUGAGCCGGACACUGCUGGCCAUGUCCAGCUCUCAGGACAGCUGUAUAGCCAUGCGACAGUCAGGUUGUCUGCCGCUCUUGAUUCAACUUCUCCACGGAGCCAACGACUCCUCGUUGCUAGGCAACAGUCGCGGCAGUAAGGAUGCGCGGGCACGAGCUGCGGCAGCACUGCACAACAUCGUCCACUCGCUACCUCCCGAGGACAAGAGGGCCAAACAGGAGGCAAGAGUACUGAGGCUAUUGGAGCAGAUCAGAGCAUACUGUGAUGCUGUCAGAGACUCCGACUCAGAAGAAGCAAAAGGAGGCCGUCCGAACCCUGCAGACCACCAAGUUGGGCCAGCCAUCUCUGCACUCAUGAAGUUGUCCUUUGACGAGGAACAUCGACAAGCCAUGUGCCAACUAGGUGGUCUGCACGCGGUGGCGGAGCUGUUACAAGUCGACCACGAGAUCAAUGGAGACACGUUGGACCAGUACAGCAUCACCAUCCGGCGCUACGCAGGCAUGACCCUCACCAACCUCACCUUCGGAGACGGAGUCAACAAGGCAACACUCUGCUCCAUGAAGAGCUUCAUGCGAGCUCUGGUUUCACAACUCAAGUCCAAUAGUGAAGAACUCCGGCAGGUCACUGCGAGCGUCCUACGCAAUUUGUCGUGGAGAGCCGAUCCGGGGAGCAAGAAGACCCUCCGAGAGAUCGGCAGUGUGGUAAUGUUGACGCGAGCAGCAAUGGAAGUGAAGAAAGAGGCAACGUUGAAGAGCAUUUUAAGUGCUUUGUGGAACUUGUCGGCACAUUGCACAGAGAACAAAGCAGACAUCUGUGCCGUGCAAACUGCACUUGCCUUCCUUGUUAGUACACUGUCAUACAAAAGCCAGUCAAACAGUUUGGCCAUCAUCGAAAAUGGCGGAGGAAUUCUCAGAAAUGUGUCAAGCCAUAUUGCAACACGCGAGGACUACAGACAGGUCCUUAGAGACCACAACUGUCUUCAGAUUUUGUUAGACCAGCUUCGCUCUCACAGCUUGACUAUUGUUAGCAAUGCAUGCGGCACGCUGUGGAACUUGUCCGCUCGCUGUGCAAAGGAUCAGGAGACGCUAUGGGAGCAAGGAGCAGUGAGCAUGCUGAAAAAUCUCAUCAACUCGAAACACAAGAUGAUCGCUAUGGGGAGCCAGGCUGCGCUAAGAAACCUCAUGCAAGCACGCCCUGCGGUGUAUCGCAACUUGCAAGAUUCCUCGAGCAAAACAAACUCGCCCGGUUUGCACGUUCGCAAAAUGAAAGCCCUGGAGGCCGAAAUUGACCCAACGUUGACGGAAACAUGCGAAAACGUGGACAACUUGAGUCCCAAAGGUAGCCCAAGGAGGGGUAGCAAUGAGGCAGUGUCCUCACCCCUCACAAAACGAGGAACUCUGAGGGAUUUCUCCCCCACGUACGGAGAUGGGCCAGCCCGGUUGUCCUUAAGGCGAAACAUGCAGAGAUUCGACAGCCACGAAAGUCUGUGCAGUAACGGUAGCAACACUUUUCCCCGCAAUUGGCGGUCACAGUCGGAAGAGCGGGACUUCAUCCGUAGUCGAGAGAGACACAGCUCCGGCACAAGUCGGUCUAGAGACUCUUCCCCACAGUACAGCUCGCACUCCCUUGAAAGAACGAGAGAUGGCACGAAACCCAAAUCUCGCACAGCCAUACAGAUCGCAAAGGUGGUCGAGGAAGUAUCGGGCCACUCAAUAUCAAGCGGUACAGAAGAGUCGCAUGAUGGCUCGCAGAAUGAAACAACCUGUCCUCGGUCAAACUCUGCCACGUUCGACCACCGAUCACAUAUCCCCAUCGCCUCUGGUGCAACCAGAUCCCAGUCCUUCAGUCAAGAGAGAAAAGAAUACUUGAAAAUGCAAAGACGCCCGUCCAACGAUAGCCUGAAUAGUAUAAACAGUGACAUUUACCCAAUGAGUCCAAACCUGAAGUACCCUUACCCUAAAGCCUCCAUGGACCACUCGUACUCAGAAGAAAGUGCCCUAAACUCUGAAAAAGGGGGGAAGAUGAGCAAGUAUCCUGCAGAGCUGAGGAGAAAGAUUGAAAUUCAGGUGGAGAAUUUUAACAAGAUGGACAAUACAGACAUGGAUACACCCAUCAACUUUAGUCUGAAGUAUUCGGAUGAGGCGUUAACACCAGGGCGGCGGAGUCCUACCGUAGAGGAAAUGUGCAGAAGGGAGGAAGAGGGAGGGCGGGAGGAACAAAUAGGAGCUGUGGGUAUGGAGAAUGGGAAUCACGGAAGCUUCGUAGAUGCUCACGCCACAGUGAGUAUACGCAGUGAUAUCCCCAACAAGUACCGCCUGACCUACAGCCAAUCAGAUCUAGGGGGCGAUGACGAACCUACCAACUUCUCUCUACGCUACACUGAGCACACUGACGGAGACCACAAUGACCACGACAGUGGUGGUGAGUACUGUACAAAGUGUAAACCUCCCCAAAACACAGGGAGAGAAAGACAGACUGAAGCUCCAACUGGUGCAAGUAUUGGGUACAGGGAAGGAAGCCCCAAGUUCCCGAACAGUGUAAGAAAUAUGUACCAAGGGCAGGGAGCAACAGAAGGCGAGAAGUCAUCGAGUGUGGCGGGAAAGUUUGCCAGUCCACGGAUGCAGAGACAUCACCAGUCCCAACUGAAUAGUCAGGUUCCCAUGUCGACGUGUCCAAACCACUCUUCACAAGGGAGCAGGCCACAGCCACUGUUUGUCAGUAGAAACAACUUCUCCCUACCCAAGGAUACCAACGUACAGGCUGGAAGUAAUAUGUCACCCAGAGGAGCCAGGGACAGCCCUCGUAGCAGCAAUGCUAUCCACCCUCCCACAGCUGCCUUCCAGCAAGGUGGUGAUCAGAUGCGAAAUUCUUCCCAGGUAAAACCCAACCCACCGGCAGCAGCUAGCCCCCUGCCGUCGCAGUGGAAAGUUCAUAAUCUCCAUGAUGACCCGCAAACGUUUGCCGAGGAGGGCACCCCUCUCUGCUUCUCAAGGGUCAGCUCACUCAGCUCUCUGCACAGCGAAGAAGCUGACGACACAAAAUGUGAGGAAGAAAUGAGCCCUGAGAAGGAAGAACCUCAGGAACACUUCCAAGAAGAUGAGGAUGAAAGUUCUGCCACGGGGAGGACCGAACUGUCCAACCACUCUGAACCAGAGGUUGAGCCGGAAGAUGAGAGUCCGACAUAUCACGAAGAAGGCCAGGACGAAGAACUCCAGACUCCUGAAGAAUAUAAGGAUGCACAAACCCCUCCUGAACCCAAAAGCACAGAACCUGGCAGUCCAAACCCCAUCGGUUGUGAGGAGACUCCUCUAGUGUUCAGUCGAUCCAGCUCUCUUAGCUCCCUCAGUAGCUGCGAGAUGAAGUCCAUCUCUAGUUCUGUUGCCAGUGAGUUCCCGAGCCAUCGAGCCAGUGAAGUUGUCAGUCCCAGUGACCUGCCGGACAGCCCCAGCCAAUCCAUGCCACAAAGCCCUCGGCACAAGAAAAAGCUGCUUACAGAGUUGGGGAUUCGACGAAGCACACCACAAGGACGGCAUUCGUCCCAACCCAGCUCUAGACAUCAGGCGAAGGGAAGUCCUUCCCAUUCAGUAGCUCAUGCCUCACAGGCUUGUGAAGAUGCACCGAUAUCCUUCGUAACUGAAGGAACCCCACUGAACUUCUCCUGUUCUACAAGUUUAAGCUCUCUAACAAUGGAUGAGCCACAUAUCACCAAGGAUGUCGAUAUGAGAAGAACAAGACGCCAACUCGAGCCUGUCAAAGACGAAGAAGAGGUUGAGGAUGAGGAAAAAGAGAGGAAGGGACAAAGGGAAAGAAACAAAGAUGAAGAGAAUGCACAUCGUGAAAGUUUUGUUGCAUCCGAAGCUGACGAAAAGUUGCUGGACGAAAUCAUCAGCGCUGCCAUGCCCAAGAACAGUGCUUCAGGGAGAGAUAAGAGAAUCCUGGCAAACGCCAAGAAGCUUUUGAACAACCAGGCUGCAGGGAAGUCGUCAGGCAGGGACACGCCGAAGUCUCACACGUCCUCGAGAUACGGCGGGCAGGAAGACACGGUGAGGAGGUACAACACUGAGGACACUCCACUCAAUCGCUCCAAUGCGACAUCUCUGAGCGACCUGAGUCUGAUGUCAGGGAUGGAGUCAGGCGCUCGCGGCGAGGCCCAGGGAGAGUCCGAAGAACACGAGCAGAUGAGUCCAGAAGAUCUGAUGAAGUCAGAGUCCAGCUCAAUGCUCGAUGGUCAAGCCGAGGAGCUUCUAGCAGAGUGCAUCAACUCUGCCAUGCCCACUAAGAGCAGCCGCCCGCCUCGGCGCAGACAGAUCCCUCAGCCUAGCUCCGGCCCUCAGAAGAAGAGCUCCAUGCUGCCGGUAAGGUCCAAGCCUACAGCCAAGGUUCCUGCUGGUCAGAACAACCAGCUGCGUGGUGCUGCAGGCAUGGCGUCCCCCAAGGCAAGGCUUCAACCCCAUACAAACAGGCUUAAUGCUGCACAGCCCUUCACAAAUAACACGAGUGCUGCUUCAACCAGACAGUUUUCAAAUGAAGACUCCGUUAGGUGCUACAAGGAAGAGGGCACUCCGUUAAACUUCUCCACAGCCACCUCGCUCAGUGAUUUAACCAUAGAUUCCCCGGACGGAGUGUCAGAGAGAGGGGGUGCCAGCAACAAAAUCAACAGCCAGCCAAUGCAGACAAGUAACAGCACCCCUUCAACGACAGCUAUUCCUCAUCCCCACCAUCCACGGCAGAUGCCCAACAGAGGACAGAUGUCCAAAGGAAGUUCGCCAUAUGACACCCCUCACACCUAUAACGUAGAAGGCACUCCGCUUUGCUUCUCAAGAAACGACUCCUUGAGUUCACUGAGCUGUGACGAAGAUGUUAGCUUUCAAAAAGAGCGGCAAGAAAUGAAACAGGAGUUGAACAAUUCCAGGGAUGGAGGUGCUGUUGGGGAGAGAGGUGCAACACCAAACAACAUGCAAGAGGGCGCCUCGUCACAGAAGCAAAGUCUGAAGAAUGCAGCUAGACAGAACAAGACAGGCCAAACAUCCUCAGGAAUUCCACACAACCUCAAACUUGUGGGACAGAACAAAGCCAUGCAGAACAGAAUGGUUGAAGGCCAGAACAGAGCUCAGGUUCAGAGAAACGCACCGGAACAGGCAUCCUGUCAAAACAACAACUCAGCAGAAGCUAACAACAACGCAGCGCAACCGCAGAGUGCGUGGAAGAAGCACGGGAACGCCGUGGGUGAUGCCUACACGAGUAACUUUCCCCGGCUGGAGAAGAACAAAGAUACAAACUUGCGCAAACCAUCAGAAGAGGUUCCAGUGAAGUAUUACGUUGAAGACACACCUGUAUGCUUCUCUCGAAAUUCUUCCCUCAGCUCUCUGGACAGUGACAUGGAGGACGAGAAUCAUGAUAGGCCAGGAAAUCAGGAAGCUGAUCAUGUGACUGCUGGCCAACCACAGGAAGGAGCCACCGCUGAAGAAGGUGCUCGCACCUUCCAAGUUGAGGACACACCUAUUUGCUUCUCAAGAAAUAGCUCCUUGAGCUCCUUAAGUAUUGACUCAGAAGGAGAAGAAGCUUUACUUAAGGAGUGCAUUAGCUCAGGUCAACCCAAACACAGUCAGAUUACCAGAGCGAAAAGGAGAACAGACUCAUCUCAAAUGCCAGCUGCUUCGCAAGAACCAACAACUUCUCACCAGGGAAAGAGAGGGAAAGUUUCCAGUAAAAGUUCAAAACCGAACGCGUACGGAACACAAGAGAAAGGAAUCCCAAAUGGUUCUUCUUCUCCGAGUCCCUCUCCCACAGACUCCAACACCCUCCCACCAGCAUCACCUCUAACCGUAGAAAACCUUCGCCUUCUGAAUGGAACUGCUGAAUGCCCAGAAGUCCCCGCGGACAUCCCCUCCGACUCGUCGAACCGCUCCCUUCCAAGUGACUCGGAGAUGAAACACCCGGCACGACCCAGGAUAGUCAAACCCACUGACAAAGACUCGAUGGAGGCAAAACGAAGAGAAGAGUCCGCAAAGUCCGUCAAGGGAAAGAAAAAGGUGUACAAAAGCCCUAUGUCCCGAAUGAAGACUGAUAGCCCUAGAGCAAAGGAAAAGUCUUUUGUGAUAUCCAGAGAAAGCCCUGCUACACCGAGAGAGAAAUCGUUCGUGAUCUCAAAGGAAAAAUCAUUUGUCAUCUCAUCUGGUAAGCCAUCAGGCAGUACUCCUUCUAAAACACCAGCGAGGCCAAGUACGAAUGUUAGUCCACCAGGAAGAACAACUCAAAAGAACGUGGUUUCAAGAAGUCCUAGGGAACAGGGAUCAAGGUCAGCAAGGUUGUCCUCUCCGAAAACAAGUCCUCGGGCAGGUGUGACAUCGCGAACACCGCCCAAGUCUUCUCAACCACCAAAAAUUCAAACUCCACAGCAGAGGAGGAUGGAAGCAGGGAGGGGGAAGGAGAUGGCAGGCAAACGUGGGGAAAGUCCUCGCGGCCGCACUGCUGCACAGAGUAAGGUCCCAACAGGUGUACGGUCACCAGCAAAAAUGUCGCCACUCAAACAACUCGGCAGGAAAGGGUCAGCAGAAGAGGACAGGCCCGCCCUUGUGAAACAAUCCACCUUCGUCAAAGAUGCCCCCACACCUUCAUUACAGAAACAGAUGGAACAGGCUGCAAAAAACGAUGCAGGCCAGCUGAAGAAGGAGGCAGCUGGUAACAAGAAGGCCCCGAAGAAGGCUCCUUCUAGUGAGUCUUUAAGAGAGAUGAGGGGAAAACCCGCACAAAGAGCAACCCCACAAAAGACUCAGUCGAUAGACUCACUAGUUAAGAGCACACGCUCUGGGUCACCGCACCUACGUGGACCUCCCAAAAUGCCUUCUGCUGACUCGAUCAGAGGAACCAAAUCCACCCCCAAAAAGUCUUUCUCUCGGGCGGAAUCUACAGAGUCCUUGAAAAGUAAUUCAUCAGCAGCGUCCAAAUCUAGCAGGUCUAGUGGUAAAAAGGGGCCGUUUUCCAAAGUUGGAGGAGCAACAAAAGAACCAGCUCCAUGGAAACGAUCGCUUAACAACUUUAUGUCGCAUGGCGAGGAGAAAUCAGUUACAAGUGCGAAACAAGCCUUAGAGAAUCGCGAAAAACAAGACAGCGUGAAACCAAAAAUGACAAGAAGCGGCACCCUAGUGUUGUCAAAAGGGCCAGAAGAGUCAAAACCAACAACAAGGGGGAACUCUUGGAGGAAGAUUCCAUCUGCAAUAGGGGUUGACAUCAAGCCUGAGAAUACAGAACAACUAAGCCUUAAAACAUCCAGUACAUUUAGUAUUAGCCCAAACAGUGCGCAUGUGAAGGGGCCACUAGAAGAGCAAGUACAACAACAAGUCAACGAGCCUGAUAGUGACAGUGGCGACAGCCCAGAUGAAGAAGAGGACCAUCUCGCCGUGCUAGAAGCAGAGUUAGAAACAGAAGUUAACGAAGAGGCAGAGGUUUCGAUCGAAAAUGAAACCUUCGUAGAGCUGGACAGUCCAACGCGGUCCACAGCAAGCAGCGAGUUCACCAUCUCAAUAGAAGAGAAGACUGUGACAAGGAAUAUACAAGUGUCUGGGAGAGCGAGUAAGACUGGAAGCGGGGCUGAUACACCCGAUGACAUUGAAGACAUCUGGGUCAGAAGGGAUGAAGGGUUUGAGAACAUUGUACAGCAAGAGGCGCUACUGUUAGCGCAGGAACUUGAACAGAUGGCACUAGAACGGUUAGACCAAGAGAGGGAAGAAGAAGUAAAGGCACAGGACGAGAACAUAAAAGGAAUUGAGAGAGAGGAUACAGAGAGAGGUAGUCCUGGGGAGGGAAGGAAUCAGUCGGGCGGCAUGGGUUUCAGGAAGACUCCAAACUCCUCGCCAGCGGAUUCUGACCGACCAGAGGGGUUACCGUUUGGGCGAUCGAGAACGCCGCCCCUCAACAGUAGUAAGAACUCGUCACCAUCUUCAGGCAACUCGGCUACCGCCCUGGUGUCGCCGUUCAACUACAGCCCGCCCAAACAUGACAGGGAGGCGGCUGGUAGAACGUCCAGGAUCCCCAUGGCAACGGUAGCUAGGGGCAGCCCCACCCAGCAACGGCAGAGGAAGGGUCCAGGAGAGUCAGGAUCAGAAGGGAGCGAAAAGGCAACUUACCUUGUCACAUCCGUCUGAUGUUUCAAUAGUGGACUGUGACAAGGCAAGUUGCCUUUAAGUUGUCGUGACUCUGAUGUUGAGCUUGACUAUGGAUAGUGACUCUCCUUUUCAUAGACUCUUGAAUGUAUCGGUUCUCAAACUUACAAAUAUUGACGUGUAUGAUUAUGAAAAACGAAGAGUCUCUGACAAAAUCCUAUUGUUUGUCAAUUGCUUUUGGUACAGAAUUGAAAGGAAGGAUUCGCAAUUUGUAGCUCAGUGAAUGCAAUGCACAGUUACUGUCACACAGGACGCAAUCACUUCAAGUUGAAAUUUUGCAAUGAUGUUUAUAGUAUUUCAUAAAGAGUCACACCAGAUCUACCUGUAUCAAAGUUUUUUGCAAUGUUUGUACAGUAUUCGAGCUGCUUAUAUUGUGGUUAGCUCCUAAAAGUGGAGGAAAACAGUAUUGUUUAUGUAAAUGCUUGAAGUAUAUUAUGCAUUUGCCAAGAAGCCACAACAGAUAGCAGAAGACAUGAGUUUUUUCUACGUUUAUCACGAAGAUAUAACUAUGGUGUAGAGCACUAUUCAGUUUGAUAUAAUUGUCCAUAUAGAUAUUAGAGGAUGCAAAUAUUUAAAGGGGUUUGUUCAUAACCCAGAUUUUUGUGUCAAUUCUCAGUGAAUCCCUUUUUGUUAACCAUCUGGAGACGCAUUUUAUACAGAGUAUUCACAUAUCUUGUGAAUUAAAUAGCAUUUCCUACAAAAAAAGCUCUCAGAUUUCUAGUUUAAAAGACUUGUAUUUCGUCACCCCUUUGUAUGUCUGCAAAACAACUUAAUGCAAAGUCUCACAUGUGCCUGCUAGAAGCGCUUUUAAUUCCUCUUGCAAAUAUUAUCAUUACAAUGUAGAUAGACUGCUUUGCUAUAUGAUAGUUCAAAUAGAACUGAUGCAACAGUGCCAAUCAUGUAUUAAAUUAGAGCUUUUCAGAGAAAACAAAAUUGGUAUGGCAAGACUAGAUCUAUUAUAUAGUAAUCAUAUUUUCUUUGAUAAUACCCUUAUUUGAAUUAGGACAUUUAAAUUUUCCCUUUCUUGUUGUCUUGCCACUUACUUUGUUUUCUUUGAAAGAGAAAAAUUUAGAAAUCAUGAAAAAAAAAGUCAUGAUGACAAAAAUUAUCUGUAAGAAUGUGGAAAAUAUAGCAUGUCCCCUAAGAUGUACUUUACUUUUUUUUGGCUAUGCUCUCAGGGAGCGAGCCUUAUUUCUUUUGUUUCUCCCUCUGCCUUUGUAUGAUUUUUUUGUUGAGAUUAUUUUCCUAUGACGCUGUAUGUACAUUUUGCUGGUGUCAGACACAUUUGACUGUAAGAAGAGAGAGGAAACAAAACUUGUUGUAUGUAUGUAUGUUGUCUGUACAGUCUUACCAUGUUCCGGACAUAUAACUUAUUGUCGCAGCAAUAUAAUAAAAAUGCUCAUUUGAAAAAUAUCUUGUUCUUUUCAUGAAUAGUUUUGUGAGUCAAUGGA